AUGUCCGACAAGAAGAACGAGGACUAUGUUGUCCGAAUGCCCAACACGGGCUUCGAGAGGAGGAACAAAGACCUAUUUAGAUCCCAGCCUCCGAACCCUUCUUUGGCGCAAUCGAUGUCGAAGCUCGACAACAGCCCCCUUGUGUCCGUCCUCGCAUACUGUGCGUCGUCUAUUAGUAUGACGAUUGUCAACAAAUAUGUCGUCUCUGGAAAGGGUUGGAAUGUGAACUUCUUCUACCUUACCGUUCAGGCUAUCGUCUGCAUCGGUGCCAUCACAGCGUCCAAAAAUCUUGGCCUGAUUAGGACUCUUGCACCUUUUGAGAUUGACAGGGCAAGGAAAUGGUUUCCCAUCUCUGUGCUGCUUGUUGGCAUGAUUUACACCGGCGCCAAGGCGUUGCAGUUUCUUUCGGUCCCCGUGUACACGAUUUUCAAGAACUUGACUAUUAUUGUCAUCGCAUACGGCGAGAUCCUUUGGUUCGGUGGGAACGUGACGCCGCUCACACUUCUCUCCUUUGGCCUCAUGGUGCUCAGCUCCAUUGUCGCUGCAUGGGCGGAUAUUCAGAGCGCCAUUGCCGGUGACUUUGGUGGAAGCGACUCGGCUACCGCCGUGUCGACAUUGAAUUCCGGCUACGCUUGGAUGGGCCUCAACGUGUUUUGUAGUGCCUCGUACGUCCUGGGCAUGCGCAAAGUUAUGAAGAAGAUGAACUUCAAGGACUGGGAUACCAUGUACUACAACAACCUUCUGACAAUACCCGUCCUUCUCGUUUGCGGUUUGCUUACGGAAGACUGGUCCUCUACUAACUUGGCCCGAAACUUCCCUCCUGAGCUACGCAACCGCAUGAUUGUCGGAAUGGUCUACUCGGGUCUAGCCGCCAUCUUUAUCUCGUACUGCUCCGCCUGGUGCAUUCGAGUAACCUCGUCUACGACGUACUCCAUGGUCGGAGCCCUCAACAAGCUGCCGAUUGCCAUCAGCGGACUGGUCUUCUUCUCGGCACCUGUGACGGCGGGCAGCGUUUCAGCCAUCUUCAUUGGAUUUGUUAGUGGUAUCAUCUACGCAGUUGCCCGUAUCAAGCAGCAGGGCGCACCCAAGGACUCGCUGCCCAUGACUCGGGGGCCUAUGAGUGCCAGCGCUCAGAGCAACCGCGAUGCCAACGCAUAA